AUGGCGUGGUGACGAGUGACAACGUGUCAGAGGGGGGACCGGGGAGGGCACCGACUGCCGAGACCGGUUCAGUUGAACGUCAACCGUUGCUGGAUGUGCACGUGUCCGUGAUCUAGUGCAGUGUGUGAUGUGAUUAUUGGAUCGUGAAGUGAUAAUUCGUUUAAACUGGAGAAGGAUAAUUUACUGUGGAGCAAUAUGCUCACUUCCAGCAAUCAAUACUUGCGUCCAGAUUACCUGUCGCCUUUACCAACUACGCUCGACGCGAAAAAGAGUCCGCUGGCAUUACUGGCGCAAACGUGCAGCGCUAUCGGCGCUGAUACACCGAAUCCUAAACUUAUCUCGGCCGCUGAAAAGGCAAGUAAGAAAUAUGAUGAAAAACAAUCACAUGUCGAUAGUAAACCAAGUUUCAAGCCUUAUGAAUCGUGCCUAACUACGAGAGAAAAGACUCGAACGCCCGAAGAUAGAGCCUCAGUAAAUACACAAUCUAAAACGCCAUCAUCCAAAGGAAGUGCUUCAACAACUCCCGUACAAGCACGCUGUAGUAGCAAUCAAAGCUCAUCAUCAUUACGAACUUCGCCACAAUCUCACCGUAAAACACCGUCUGAGAAAUGUGAUGAAAGAUCGAGUCCUCUCUCUUCACCAGCUCAAGUGAAAUCUAAUUCAGACUCAACAAAUUCAACGUCCAAGUUACCGUAUCCACCAAGCUCACUACCGUCCACUUCAGAAACCAAAGAAUCUUCAAGCUUCAAACCAAGCGUACCUGUAACAUCAUCGCCGUUUUUCGGUGGAUUACCUCCCUCCGGAUUUCCAUUACCGAUGGAUUUAAUGACUAGUAGUAUAAUGGCCGCACAACAUCAUGCCUUAAAGAAUGGUAUCAAUCCAUAUUUAGCAUAUGCGAGGAUGAAAGCUCCUGGAGGUGAUAUGGGGAUUUGCAGAGAUCCGUACUGUACGGGUUGUUCUCUAAGCUCUCAUUUGCUCAAAUCUGCGGUAUGUCCAGCUGGAUGCGCACAGUGCGAUCAUGCAAAGAUGCCAUUUUCCUUACCGGCCGGUCAUCCAGCCGCGGCAGCGUAUGCUCAUGCUCAAUUAGCAGCACUAGCCGCAGCAUCCCAGCUGCCAUACGUUUGUAGUUGGAUGGCAGGAGACUCUGCUUAUUGUGGAAAGCGAUUCGCCUCAUCAGAAGAGUUGUUGCAACAUUUGAGAUCGCACACGGCAAGCGGAGAAUCGAGUCCUAGUUUGUCAAUGCUGAGCGCCACACAUCCGAUGCUACAAAGAACAUAUCCAACACCACCGCUAUCACCUCUAACACCAAGAUUCCACCCAUACAGCAAGCCAUCUCACCUCAUGUCGUCGUCAUCGCUGCCUUUUCCUAUUCCACCACACCCUUCGCUCGCUGCAUAUUUCCCAUCAUAUCCAUUAUUUGGACCUAGACCGUUGCAUCCUUGAGGACCAUCGGCGCUCCACAUAAACAAAAAAGGGGGCGCCGAAGACUAAUGCCAAAAGGACAUUUGGAACUGAAGAAGGUGUAUAUAUAAAAUAGUGUUCUUCUAGUUUCUAGUCGGCUCAUAUCAUCGGACAUAGCCCCAAGGGGCGCUACAGCUGUGAUCUCUAUCUUUAAAUAAUCGUGAUGUGCACUGACUCUGCUCGCGCCACUUACCUCGCGAGCACUUUUUAUUUCAUAGUUAGACUAACGAAAAUAUUAUGUACCAAAACUAUAGCGCGUAAUUUAUUAGUUUAUCUUUAUUUGUUAUUUCUAUCAUUAGCGACAAUUGUUAAACGUGUUUGUAUUUUAAUAUUCACUUAAAAAGGUAUAACGAUUGUUUCCUUAUUUCCCUGUCCGAACGAGCUUCUGAUAUUUGUUAAACCAAUAUUUUAUAUUGCAUUAUUAUCAAUACGAAAAGCACAAUUUUCAUGAGGCAAUAUUAUCCACGUUUUUGUUAUUAGAAUCUAUUCCAGCGUUUGAUAAAAUAAGACUUAAACGACUUGGCAGACUUUCAGCGCAACUAAAGAUACAAUAACUGUUGAUAUAUUUGUUACAAUUAAAUGCAAUGCUUAGUACACUUUGGAAAAUAUUUUAAUGGACUUGUCAUGGUAACUUUUUAAAUAAAUAUUCAUUAGAAAUGAAGUAAGUUUAACAGCAAAGAUUGAGAUGUUUAGAUUACUUUCGAUUAAGCCCAUUAAAAUAAUUUAAAUCCAACUAUAUUUCAUUUAUGCAGUAAGAUUGAAUCUCUGUAUGAUAAAAUCUUCAUAGUCGACACUUAAUAUUGAAAAUUUACAUUUUAAUGCUAUUCAUAGUAGAACUGUUUGUAAAGCAAAAAAGGAAAUAGCUCAUUUAAAAAUUGUAAAGCAUAUAAUUUAUGGCGUCUAGAUUCUCUAGAUAUUGUAUUCAAUGGUACUGUUAACAUUAUGAAAUGUUGUUAUAAUUAUUAUUAAUGGAGAAAAAUAUACGUAAAGAUUUAAUUUCGAAA